UAGCCGCGGCAGUAAAUGACCAACCCCCUAAACUGGCAACGUGAAGGCAGCAUUUCCGGUUCCCUGCUCUUUGGACCGCUCGCCAUUUUGAUAAAGUCGAGCAGAGCUGAGACGGCUCAGUUAAAGUUCCAUUUUACCAGCGACGUGUACAGCAGACCCGGAGCCGCUCUGAGAAUAUACUCGAUGACAAUGAGUGGGUGUCGUGUUUUUAUCGGCCGUUUGAGCCCGCACGCCCGUGAGAGGGACGUGGAGAAGUUUUUCAAGGGAUACGGGCGGAUUCGAGAAAUCAACCUGAAGAAUGGAUUUGGCUUCGUGGAAUUUGACGACCACCGAGAUGCAGAUGAUGCCGUGUACGAGUUGAAUGGCAAAGAAUUGUGCAGCGAAAGGGUCACCAUCGAGCACGCUCGCUCUAGAAGAGGAAGAGGUGGCGGCCCGGGAGGAAUGGGACGUUUCGGCGGAGGAGGCGGCGGUGGAGGUGGUGGUGGCGGAGGAAGCAGCAGUGGCGGCGGCGGAGGCUAUCGCCAAUCUCGCAGCAGUGGUUCCAGACUGGACAGGUAUGGCCCUCCUGUGCGGACGGACCACAGACUCAUUGUGGAGAACCUCUCGUCACGAAUCAGCUGGCAGGACCUGAAAGACCUGAUGAGAAAAGCAGGUGAAGUUACGUUUGUGGACGCUCACAGGCCCAACAAAAAUGAAGGAGUGGUUGAGUUUGCAUCACGCAGUGACCUGAAGAACGCCAUCUCCAAGCUCGACGGGUCCGAGCUGAACGGACGCAAGCUUAAGAUCUUUGAGGACAGCAGAAGUCACAGCAAGAGCCGCUCUCGCUCCCGCAGCUACUCGCGCUCAAAGAGUCGCUCCAGGAGCCGCAACCGCUCCAGGAGCCGCUCCAGGUCGAUGAGCCGCACCCCCGAGAAGAAGACGUCGGGCGGUGGCCGGGCCUCGGGCAGAUCCCCCUCCAGGUCCAAGUCUCGCUCCAAGUCCCGCUCCAGGUCUCGCUCCCGUUCCCCCCGCCCCCGCUCAGAACAAACAGUCCCGCUCUCGUUCUCGCUCCCGUUCUCGCUCCCGCUCACGUUCCCGCUCCGCCUCUGCAGACAGUAAACACUGAGAUUCACCUCGUCGGCCGUAAUAGACUGAUGGUUGCUCGCCACAGGCCCGUAUGGUGCAUGUGAUUUAUUUUUAAUUUUUAAUCAUUGGCUCUUUGUUUUUGUUAGUUUGGAUUUACUUCCACAGGAAACAUUUUUGUAUUCCUAUUACUUCAUUAUUUUCCCCCCUCUUUAAAACGCCCUUCAUAUUUUGAUGAAAUACUGAGCGACAGGAAACGUUUUUGAUCAGCGGCGGCCAUGUUAUGAUUCCAUCCACUCCCUGUGCUUUGCCCGAGUGUUCACAGCAGUUCAAGGUUAGGAGGGAAUGGUGUUCAUUCCCAGAUGUGUGUUUUUGUUUGUAACGUGAGCUCCUGGCAUCGCUGUGAAACUGUGAUUCUUACACGUGUUGCAUUCACUGCCCUGAAAUGUGGUGGUUUAUUUCAGCUUUCUUGUGUAAUGGUGUUGGAAUCUGGCAUUCGUUUCGUUCGACACUGCUGAAUCGGGACCUCGACGUCUCGUGUUCUUUUUAUUUAGUUUUACGUGCAGCCUCGGCCUGUGGGGUUUCUGCAGGAAGACAUGUCUCUACAUACGUUUAUUAAUUUGAUACUAAUAAAACACUCACUGCAUAUUGUCAUUUAAUUUUUUUAGUAAUGUCCAGAAAGAAGUGACUUUUCUUUUUUAAUAUUUUGUGAAUGUGGGUCGAGAGACUCGUACGUAUUAAAGUCUCUGUUGAACCGAAUAAAGCUUUCACAAACUGUUAA